CAGAUAUUUUACCGACGUGUACUUUUAACAUACGGUAGAUUAAGAUUUCGUGUUUAUAAGUUAGACUUUUAAUAAAAAUCAUGAAUAGUUGUAGCAUACGUGUCCUUUAAAGAGAUAUUAUUAGAUCGGGGUGAAUUCAUACAAUUUUAGUGUAAUUCUCUAUAUUAACAGAAUUAUCAAGUAAAAUAGUUAAUAAUAGUAAACAACUUUAAAAUGAAUAGAAACAAGAGUGAAAUUCGUUUUAUUUUUUAUGCGAGUGGCAUAUUUAUUUGUUAUUUUAUAUUUGGUAUGUUGCAAGAGAAAAUAACUAGAGGAAAAUAUGGAAACAAUGAUAAAUUUACGUGUACUCUUUCACUCGUUCUCGUUCAAUGUGUUGUGAAUUAUAUUUUCGCUCAAAUUUUAAUGUUAUCUUGGAAACAUGAAAAAGAUACAACAAGCAAGAUUUAUUAUUUUUCUUCAGCCCUUACAUACUUGUUGGGUAUGGUCAGCUCUAAUAUGGCUUUACAAUGGAUCAAUUAUCCGACACAGGUUGUUGGAAAAGCUGCAAAGCCAAUACCAGUGUUGAUACUCGGUGUAAUUUUGGGUAGAAAAGUGUAUCCUAUAAGAAAAUACUUUUUUGUAUUACUAAUUGUGAUAGGAGUGGUUUUGUUUAUGUACAAAGAGCAAGCGAGAACAGUUGUGGAAGAUUCUCAAGGUUUGGGGGUAGGAGAGCUUCUACUGUUUUGCUCAUUGACUAUGGAUGGAUUGACUGGUGCUGUGCAGGAGAGGAUAAAAAGUGAAUCAUCUCCAACAGCCUAUUCCAUGAUGUUAAAUACAAAUGGAUGGUCAUCUCUAAUCCUAAGUGUAAGUGUAAUUCUUACUGGAGAAUGCUUCAAGUUCGUCGCUUUUGUUAGCCAGUACCCAGAAGUGCUAAUCUGGCUUACAGGAUUGUCUCUAAUGGGCGCUUUGGGACAAUUAUUCAUAUUUUUCAUGGUUUCUGAAUUUGGACCUCUGCCAUGCUCUGUAGUCACCACAACGAGAAAGUUUUUCACCGUCCUGGCGUCCGUAAUUAUUUUUGGCAAUGUUUUGAUGUUUAGGCAAUGGAUUGGUGCGAUACUUGUCUUUUCUGGUCUAUUUUUAGACAUAAUCUGCAGAAACGGAAAGAGCCCUCAAACGAAAAUAGCUAAUAAAUAAAGCUGUUUAUGUGCUGUGAAAACAUCAAACAUUUUAUAUAUUUGAAAUAUAAUGCACAAGCAACAUCAAAUUGUUAUAUUGCCCGAAUACAUAAAAGUGAUACCUGCCGUUUCUAUUCUCGGCAAUUCAUUUUUGUGUAUUUGGAAAUUAGAAUAAAUGUUAUUUUUAUGAAA